AUGCCUCACAAGCAGAAGCGCAGUGUGCACCAACCAGACCUUCAGGCCCAACCAGAAGGCUCAGGCGUUGUAGAUGCACAUGUUCCUGUAGCUGAGGCAGUGGGUGCCACAGCUGCUUCCUCUUCUGCUGUGAUCCCAGACACUGUCCAGAAAAUUCUGGCUGCUUUUGGAAUCCCAUCUGUUUCUGGGAGUCUUAAGAAAAUCUAUUGUUCUCCCACUUCCAUAAAAGCAAUUCCAAGCAAAGCAAAGGAAGGUACCAGUGUUCAAGCAGAAGGGAGUCCCAGUACCGCAAAGCCCAGAGUAGAUGCUGAGCAGAUGCGCAUUACUCUACAGAAGACAUUGGCUGACUUGGUGGAAUUUCUGUGUGACAAGUACACAAAAAAGGAACCUGUUAGAAAGAAAGAAAUGCUAAAGUAUGUUACCAAAGAGCUUAGGAGUUACUUCCCCCUAAUCUUCAAAACUAUUUGUGAAUGCAUGGAUGGAGUUUUUGGUAUUGAGGUCAAGGAAAUAGAUUCUACUUCCCACUCCUAUAUGUUCCUCAACAUUAUAGAUAUUACCUAUAAUGAGAUGGGGAGUCGGGACCAGGGCCUUCCAAAGACUGGCCUACUCAUACUUGUACUAUGUGUGAUCUUCAUGGAGGGCAAUCGUGUCCCCGAAGAGAAAGUCUGGGAGGCAUUGAGUGUAAUUGGCGUGUGUCCUGGGAAGACAAGUUUUAUUUUUGGAGAACCUAGGAAGGUGAUUACUGAAGAUUUUGUGCAGGAGGGGUACGUGAUGUACAAGGAGGUGCCAUACACUUAUCCUCCUUAUUGUGAGUUCAGGUGGGGCCCAAGGGCCCAUGCUGAAACCAGCAAGAUGAAACUCUUGAAGUUUUUCUUAAGGGUUAAAGAGAGUACUCCCUGGGUCUUUAAACACUUGUACGAUGAAGCUGUGAUUGAUGAGGAAGAGAGAAUCAAACUUUUAGUGGGCACUCUGAAAGAAUCUUAA